GAGCCAAAAUUAACCUGUCCCCUUUUAAUUUAUACUGUUGGCAUUGUGUGUCAGUGUCGAAGAAAGUGACUGAGAUAGGCACAGUGCACUGCUCCAAGGAAAAAAAAGUCUCUUGAUCUUGUCUUUAGCAACCAGGGAAUGUCUUCCUGGAGAAAGUGACCUGUUUAAAAGUUGGAACUGAGAAGCUGAUGCAUCAGUUAGGAAUGUUUUCAGCUGCAAAGGAAACUGGCAAAGGGGGAAAUACUUAGCUCAUAUAAAUCUGGAGGUAGGGAGUUUCAGGUAUUGUUCAUGGCUCAGUGACCACAAAGGAAACAGACUCUUGCUGUGCUCCAUCCUCUGGAGGGCUUGCCAUCUUUUUGCUGUAGGAAGCCUGUGCCAGCACCACCCCUUCUAACAAACUGUAAGCAGGAAGAAUUCAUCCGAGAAGCAGUUUUCCCAGAUGUCAUUGCCCAGGGAAUGAGUCCCAUAGAUGCCUCCAAAGGGGUGACUUGGCAGCUAUUGGCCCUGUAUUUUCACUUCUGCAAUUGCCAGACGCAGCACAGAGGCUGGGGCCAGGGCUGGACCCAGGGAGACAACAGACCCUACAGCCGAGCUACUGCCGCUGCUACAGGCACUGCCAGGACCCUAUGAUCAGCUGACUCUUGCAGCCCAGACCCAUGGAGUUAAAUAGCUCUUCCCGUGUGGAUUCAGAGUUUCGAUACACUCUCUUCCCAGUUGUUUAUAGUGUUAUCUUUGUGCUGGGGAUCAUAGCCAAUGGCUAUGUGCUGUGGGUCUUUGCCCGCCUGUACCCUUCCAAGAAACUAAAUGAGAUAAAGAUCUUCAUGGUAAACCUCACUGUGGCUGACCUGCUUUUCCUGAUCACCCUGCCACUGUGGAUCGUCUACUACUCCAACCAAGGGAACUGGAUUCUACCCAAAUUCCUUUGUAACCUGGCUGGCUGCCUCUUCUUCAUCAACACCUACUGCUCUGUAGCCUUCCUGGGAGUGAUCACCUAUAACCGCUUCCAGGCGGUAAGACAUCCCAUCAAGACGGCUCAAGCCACCACCCGAAAGCGUGGCAUCGCUUUGUCCUUGGUCAUCUGGGUGAUCAUUGUGGCUGCUGCAUCCUACUUCCUUGUCAUGGACUCCACCAACAUAGUGUCCAAUAAGGCAGGCUCAGGCACCGUCACUCGCUGCUUUGAGCAUUAUGAAGAGGGCAGCGAGCCUGUCCUCAUCAUCCACAUCUGCAUUGUGCUCGGCUUCUUCAUUGUCUUUCUACUCAUCCUCUUCUGCAACCUGGUCAUCAUUCGCACGCUGCUCACCCAGCCAGUGCAGCAGCAGCGCAAUGCUGAGGUCAAGCGCCGGGCGCUGUGGAUGGUCUGCACCGUUUUGGCAGUGUUCAUCAUCUGCUUUGUGCCACACCACAUGGUACAGCUGCCCUGGACCCUCGCUGAGCUGGGGAAGUGGCCGAGCAGCAACCACCAGGCUAUUAAUGAUGCCCAUCAGAUCACCCUCUGCCUCCUUAGCACCAACUGUGUCUUAGACCCUGUCAUCUACUGUUUCCUCACCAAGAAGUUCCGAAGGCACCUCAGUGAAAAGCUUCACAUCAUGCGGAGCAGCCGGAAAUGCUCCCGGGUCACCACUGACACAGGCACAGAUGUGGCCAUUCCAAUCAACCACAUUCCUGUCAAUUCCCUCAAAAUUUAGUCCCUGCUUACUGGGGUCAGGCCCAAAGUCUUCUCUUCCAUGAGCAGCAUGGAUGAGGCAGGGGAAAGAAGAGACAUCUACUAUAGUCACCUCCUCCUUGGGCAGCGGUGGCCCGUUGAAUAUAAAGGCUACCUCACACAGGCAGGGAUGAUGGCUGUGCUGGACUGCUGGAGAAUCCAGAACUUGAACAAACACCUUCAUCCACUUUUGGGCACAUCAUGACCUCACCCUGCGCCCCUGGGUCUGAUGGGGUUAGGAGGAACAUGGGGGUCAGGAAUAGACUCUGAUGCAUGCCCAGUUCAUCCCAUUGGGGUAGCAGCCUAAAGCUUCAGGCAGUGACUCCCAAGCGCCAAAGGCAAGGUGGGAAAGAGACUCUUUCCUGGCUGUGUGGAAAGAUCUUUAGGGCAGAAGUUUGAUCUAGGAUUGUGUCUUUCUCUUUCUACUCACAGGUGCAGGUCUUUCCCAGGGGAAGUGGCCUGGUAGAAUUUUCUGAUUCAGCCAGCAAACCUGUACUGAAAGACAGCUACAGAAGGGAAAACAUGAACAGAGCAAAAGCUAGGAUGGGAGCUUAGUUCCUACACAAGACUUGCCUCAGGCCAGGUCAGCUCUCAGGGACUUAGAGAGAGGUGGCCUCUCCUUCAUUUUUCUGCUUUAAUAACAGACCCUGUGGGAGGACCUUCUGUGGGGCAGGAAGUCCCCACAGCAAAAUUUGAGAGUGGUCAGGCCAGGGCAACUCAAAGUGCAGAGGCUUCCAUGGGAACAGCACUUGGGCAGGAAGGGCCUGAGGUUUCUAGGUGGGAGAAGCCUACUUGAUCUCUGGGAGGCCCCUCCUAGCCUAACUUCCUGGAGGUAGAAGGGACAGUUACAGUGGGAUAGGCUGGCAGGUGUCAGCUUCUGUUGAGCUUCUCUAGACACCUGCUUGUGGUUUUUGGUAAGUAUUCAAAUGAGACUCCUCUUUCCCUUAGUCAAGUACUUGCAGUGUGAACCCCACAGCCUCAGACAUGGGGCCUUGCAGGAGUUUUCCCUGGUGUCCAGUGCUUCUCUGAGAACUCUUCCUUCCUUCCAGCCAGAGUUCCAUGAACUUGGGACUCUUGUUUUCUCUCUGCCAGGCAAGCACUGGAUUGCUGAUUUUGCUACAUGUCUCCUAAAGGGCUAGUAGCCUGCUUGGGUCUGGGAGGGUAGCUGUGAGCUGGCCCUAGCUGAUGGUGACCAGACCAGGUGGCCAGAGCAGCAUUCUCAAGCUCUGGUGUCACGAAGACCCAAAUUCAGUCUUGGAUUUGUCACUUCCUGCCAAGGAACUGGGGACUCAAUUUUCUACCUCUUAGUGUUGCCUGUGAGGUAAAACCUACCUCAUUGGGUUGCUCUGAGCAACAAAUGCCGAGAAAGACACCUCUUGGUCAGAGUGACUGCUCGUCCCAGACCCUCCCCUCUUCUCAGAACUUGGACCCUUCAGUCCUCCAGUAGGAGCUGAAAGAAUAAGAGGUGGGCAUCUGGAUUCAGAGAUGCUGCUUUAGGCUUUGCAGGCCACUUAGUCUGAGCUGUGAGUGUGUUUAUGUGUGUUUGUGUGUGAAGGGGGUGGAGUGGGUGUGUGCAGGGGUUCUUCACCUGCCUGACUGUGGUAGAGAAAAUGGCUCUGCUCACGGAGAAAAUUUGCAGAGCAAAGCAGAAGCCAGAGAGAAGUGACAGGAGCAUGGAGGGAAGAAGGGACAGAUCUCCCAGGGGCCUGCUGGGUGGCUGUCCUCUGCGUACCUUCCAUUGUGUCCAAGAGAGUCUUUUUAUCUUGCUUAAACUGAUUGGAAUGAGUGUCUAUUACUUGUAACCAGAAGUGCUACAAAUAAAGUGUAUGUCUAUGUGCUAAUGCACAGCAUUUACAUCUCUCCUUGCAAGCUCUGUAAUGUCCAUAUAUCAGCUGUAAGUUUACUUAAUUAAUAUUUUUCUUUAAAUUGAGUCAGUUUUUAAAACUCACAUUUAUCAAAAAAGAAUUUAUAAUUGUAGGUGAAAAAAUGCCACCUGCCACACCUAGAAGGUAAACAUAAAAAUGAAAAUAAAACUAUUAAAACUGUUGCUCUGUGUUCUGUCUGAAGUUACCCCAUGUCCCCAGUGAUUUGCAAAGCUCACUUCAGGAAACCCUGCUGUUGUGUGUAUCAAGUGCCUGAAGUCUGCAUUCAGUAAGUGCUCAAUAAAGAAUAACUGACAAUUCUGA